CGGAGUUAGUGUCGCUCUGUAGUGGUAGAAGAAACGAAGGUACUGAGAAUAAGAUAGAGCGACGGACAGGUGUUUUUUACUCUGUUAUAAAUAUUUUCCGAAAGUUCGCGAUUCUCGUAAAAUUGUAAAGAUUCUUGUAAUACCUGUAAAUAGAACGGUACCAUAAGAGUUGACUGUUUAAUCGGCAAGCGCGCACGCGCCGCUUUCCCCUCGCUCUCACAAUAUACUCCGCGCGUAACCGCCGCCAUAGUUGAUAUUUCUCCGAUAGAAUAUUAAUAGCGGCGUAAGUUUUCGCGGUUAAACGUAUUUUUAUUUACUGACUGGAAAACAAGAAUGCGUUCGACGAGGGCGGUGAGACGAGGUCAUUCAAGAUAAAGUUGGGAUCCGUAGGAAGAAGGAGGGUGUCUACUUUCACAGCUCGUGGUUUUCAGGAGAGUGGCCUGGCAGCGCGGCGCUUCGAGUUAACGUGUGACCACCGUCGGGUGGCUAUGUACCGUUAGCUCGAAUUCAUUCCCCGUUGGCCGGCCCAAGACCCACGCUUACCUACCAACCGGGGCCAUACUCGAUCGAACUCGACUGUCGUAAACCCGGAAAUGAGUGCGCGUCGCGGCUCGCCUUUACAGCAGGAAGACUGCCAGUAGUGCGCGAAUUUAUCACGAGUCACGACUCAUCGAUCGGCAAAGACACGUUCAUUUGGACGUACGUCUCGUAUGACGUGUGCACCGUAAGCAGUAGCCGUGGCUAGCCAGAGGAGAGCCGUGGGCACGGCAAACGUGUACGUAGAAAUGAGAAAGUUGCUGCUGCCGCGGUGAAGAUUGAGAACGACGCAGGCGAGCCAGCCAGGCGGACGGUCUCUGUACUACGCGAAGCUUCCGACGCAGCGACAGUAGUAGCAGUACGCCGAAAGGAGUGCACAAGGGAGCCACAGCUGCUCGUGGAUUUAAUUAUCGUGGAAAAUGAAUUUCACGCCUUUUCCCGGCUUUACGACAGGCUCGCUACCGACGGGCACGGUUCAUCAGUUUGCGACCGCUAAAUUCGCGCAGAACCUGCCUACCGGGGGUCAGGUGGUUGGCGUUUUAUCCGGUGGCGAAGGUGGAGUUCAUUAUCUGAGGCCGGUCGAUCCGAACGGAUUCGCCGUGGCUCAAGGGGGUAACAAUCAGCAGCAGCAAAUCAUCACGCUGCCCAUCACUGUACCUGGAAAAGAUGGCACACAGCAGCAGCAAACCGUCCAAAUCCAGGUGGUCAACCCUAGCGUAUCACAGAGCGGGAACAGCGGUGAUCAACCAAAAUAUCAUUUGGCCCCAAUUUCUUUGGGACAAUUUCCCCAGGGUGCAGCGACAGUUCUCACCGUUGCGUACAGUCAACAAGGUGCAGAUGGAGUACAAAUUCAAGUACAACCACAGAACACCGUGGCAACGACGCAAACGUCCGACCAAACGACCCAAAGUACAUCGACAGCAGUCACUACCACAUCUCAACAAACCAUUCAGCAAACGGUUCAGCUUCCAGGUGCACCUGAAGGCUUAACUGUGGUUGCACAAAUUCCGCAAGAUUUAAUUUUACGUGAAGGUAUGGAAGAGUCGAAAGAAGAUGUGAAAGAAGGUACAACGCCGGUAGCUCUCAUCAAGAGAGGUAACAUUAAGAAUCAAGGGAAUCAAAGUGGAGAGGAAUACAUUACAUCUAUGCCUGCUAGCUGGCAAAGUCUUGCAACUCCUGGAUCAACUGUCGCUGAUUAUCUCUCUAGGUUACCCGCCAGUACCUUGCCCCUUAGUUUACAGCAUUUUUUAAAAUUUUCGGCAGAGACAAUAAAGAGGGAAGCCACUAUCGAAUCGAGUCCACUAGGAGCUGAUGGUUUAGAUGCUUCUGGAAGCACUGCGUCGGGCGAACAAGCAGUGCAGAUUACCGUAGCAGGUGGUGAAACCGCUAUUAUUCCUGAUGUUGUCGAGGAACAAGAACCCGGUGCGAAGCCUAAGAGAAAGAAAAAGUACAAGAAAAAGCCUCCAAAGCCAAAAAAGCCAAAGCCAGGGCAAGUGAGCAUAGUUACUGCUCUCGAUGGUACAACAUUGUUCUGUUGCCCACAAUGUAACAUGGCUUAUCCUGAAAAAGAACUCUUGGAACAACAUCUUAUUGGGCAUAAAAUAGAGAGGAGGUUUAUUUGUGACAUUUGUGGUGCAGGUUUGAAACGUAAAGAACAUUUAGAACGACACAAAUUGGGCCACAAUCCAGACAGACCUUUCAUCUGUUCAGUUUGCAUGAAAGGCUUCAAGCGAAAAGAGCACUUAAAUCUUCAUUUCGUUAUACAUUCUGGACAGAAAACCGAGGUUUGCACCGAAUGUGGUAAAGCAUUUUACCGCAAAGACCAUUUAAGGAAGCAUGCUAGGUCCCAUUUGGCAAAACGCAUCAAGGAAGAUCCCUCGAUCAUUGCGGACACUUCUCAAAAUUCGCAACAACAAACGGAUCAACAACAGCAACAAGCAGAACAAUUGCAGCAACAGGCAGACCAAUUGCAGCAACAAGCAGACCAGUUACAACAACAGGCUGACCAAUUGCAGCAACAAUCAUCGGUAUCCGAAUUGCAACAGAUUCAGAUACAAGUAGGCCAAGGAUCUCAAGCACAGAUUCAUCAAAUAGCCGUUAGUGAACAGUCCACGGUUGUUCUUCCAACUGCUGCAGAAACCGGUGCAAUGGCUAUGCUUCAUCAUCAACAGCAGCAGCAGCAACAGCAACAGCAGCAGCAACAACAACAACAACAACAACAACAGCAGCAGCAACAGCAUUAGCAGCAGCAUACCGCCCCGAAUCAGCCUGGGCGGUACUUCCGAUUUAAUCAUCAACAAGCUAGAGGUCGUGCAAGACGGUUUGCAAUGAAUUUCCCGCCGUUCGGAAGCCAUUUUCCCGGUACUAUUCCGAGUAUCCACCAGUUCGCAACCGACGGCUCCGGCGGUGCGGGCGGGCGUUACGCCAAUCAUUUUCCCAACCAGCCUCCAAUUGGAGUGCCGGUUAUGGGAAAGUACCGUCCUGAAAGCAACGGCGUACAAUCUGCUCAGUCACAAGUGAUGAUGAACAAUAAAGCAAGUUAUCCCAACAGCAAUGUUCAUCACUAUCCAAAUGUGCCAUAUUCCCAAGCUCAACCAGUUCAACAGCGGCCCUCCAAUUCGCCUGGAAUGCCAGAAAAGCGUUCGUAUCAUCAGGUAACGACAGAAACUAUAAAUCAACAAGAUGUUUGCAAUCUCCUACAGGAUAAAGAUAAGAAUAAAGAGAAGAAAGCAGACGAGCAACAGCGCAAUGGAGAAACAACAACAAAUGGUAGCCAACAAGAUUAUACGAUGCACCAACAUCAUCAGCAGCAUGCUCAUACUCAAACUCCUGCAACUAUGCCUGCUACAUGGCAAUCUUUGGCCACUCCGGGAUCCACAGUGGCAGAUUACCUCAGUCAUUUACCAGCCAGUACUUUACCAUUAAGUUUGCAUCAUUUCUUAAAGUAUUCUGCAGAAAGUAUUAAAAAAGAAUCAGAAAUGGCACAAACCACAUCUGUAGCUGUAGCAACUACAACAACGCCUAAUAUAAUGUUGUCCCCAAAUAAUAAGAAGAAGAAAAAGAAGAAGGCACCUAAGGAGAAAAAGCCACGUCCAAAACCUGGUGAAAUUCGUUUAACUACAGCUCUUGAUGGUUCUACAUUAUAUUGCUGUCCAGAGUGUCAUAUGGCAUACCCAGAACGUGAAUUAUUAGAGCAGCACCUUUUGGGGCAUACUUUAGAACGAAGAUUCGUUUGCGAUAUUUGCGGUGCAGGUCUCAAAAGAAAGGAUCAUCUUACACGUCACAAGCAAAGUCAUAACCCCGAACGACCGUACGUUUGUACUGUUUGUUUAAAGGCCUUUAAAAGAAAAGAACAGUUAACAUUACAUUUUGUUAUACAUUCUGGUGAAAAGCGACAUGUAUGCACGGAAUGUGGAAAAGGGUUUUAUCGCAAAGAUCAUUUAAGAAAGCAUACCAGAAGCCACAUUGCAAGGAGAGUAAAAGCUGAACUCAGUCAAAAUGCUGGUACACAGCAAAGUCAACAACAAAACAAUGUUUCGAAUAUGCAGACUACAGCUGUGACAGCAUCAUCUGUUCUUUCUGGUGGACAUCCAGGUCCUCUCCUGUCCUGAG